CUCUGACAUCAGCCACUUUCUCUGUAGCGGCAGAGUCUCUGCACCCAAAUUAAUCCCUGGCUAUGAAAAAUGAGCCUCUCCCCCACCCUUGCCGCCGCCUUUCACCCCACGCCCCCGGAGAGGAGUUUCUGGCCCAGGCAGCAGCCUGUGAAGGCUUUUUUUUUUCCAAGUCACAUGAUCCAGGAUGCAGGGGGAAAAUCCUUCUUGGAACAGAACUGGGCCCAGAAUCGAGUCAGAUGAAGAGAGAUAAGGUGUGAUGUGGGUAAGAUUAUAUAAAGGAUGGACCCAGGGCUGCAACAGCCAUUCCCGCGAGGGCCCCUUCCCGCAGCCACGGCCAUGCAGGCCAUGCACGUGCCUGCGGUUCCUGUCGCUGGCCCGUGGGGACCCUCAAGCCGGAGCUACCUCUGCUUCACCACAGCCACGCUGGCUCUGGUUCUCGUCUUCACUGUGGCAACCUUCAUGGUGUUGGUGGUACGCAGGACGGACUCCAUUCCUAACCCACCUGACAACUUCCCGCUUAAAGGAGGAAACUGCUCCGAGGACCUCUUAUGUAUUCUUAAAAGGGCCCCAUUCAAGAAGUCAUGGGCCUACCUCCAAGUGUCAAAGCAUCUCAACAGCACAAGGCUGUCUUGGAACAAAGAUGGCAUUGUUCACGGAGUCAAAUAUCAGGAUGGGAAACUGGUGAUCCAGUUCCCAGGUUGGUACUUCAUCAUUUGUCAACUACAGUUUCUCGUACAAUGUUCAAAUCAUUCCAUCGACCUGAAGUUGGAGCUUCUCAUCAACAAAGAGGUCAAAAGACAAGCCCUGGUGACAGUGUGUGAAUCUGGACUGCAAACCAAACGGAUAUAUCAGAAUCUCUCCCAGUUCUUGCUGGAUUACUUGCAGGUCAAUGCUACCAUAUCAGUUAUGGUAGACAAAUUCCAGUAUGUGGAUACCAACACCUUUCCCCUUGAAAAUGUGUUGUCUAUCUUCUUAUACAGCAGUUAAGUAUAAACAGGUCUCUUGGCCUUCACGAAAAAACCAACUCGCUUCUAAACAGUAUUUCAUCCACCUGAACACUUGGGCAAAAAGAGAACUUUAGAUCAAGACUGAAACCACAUGUUAAAUUGCAUAUGUCUCCUGUGACUCUUGGUAAGACAGCUCUAGGAUAAAAAGGAGCCUUGAGUCAG